GACCUCUUUGUUCCAGGUCCCAGCGGCAGCCGAACCGGGCUGCGGAAGUUCGAGGGCGCAGGGUGAGUGACUGCGGCGGCGCCCCCGGAGUCCCCGCAGCGGAGAUCGCGGACGCGGGACCGAGCCCCUCUGACGCCCAGCAUGGACCUCGAAACCAAAAUGAAGAAGAUGGGAUUAGGUCAUGAACAAGGAUUUGGAGCCCCCUGUCUAAAAUGCAAAGAGAACUGUGAAGGAUUUGAACUGCACUUCUGGAGAAAAAUAUGUCGUAACUGCAAAUGUGGGCAAGAAGAGCACGACGUCCUCUUGAGCAACGAGGAGGAUCGGAAAGUGGGGAGACUCUUUGAAGACACCAAGUACACCACCCUGAUUGCCAAGCUGAAGUCAGAUGGAAUUCCCAUGUAUAAGCGCAAUGUUAUGAUACUGACGAAUCCAGUUGCUGCCAAGAAGAAUGUAUCCAUCAACACCGUUACCUAUGAGUGGGCUCCCCCGGUCCAGAACCAGGCGCUGGCCAGGCAAUACAUGCAGAUGCUGCCGAAGGAGAAGCAGCCAGUGGCGGGCUCGGAGGGCGCGCAGUACCGGAAGAAGCAGCUGGCGAAGCAGCUCCCUGCGCAUGACCAGGACCCGUCUAAGUGCCAUGAGUUGUCCCCCAAAGAGGUGAAGGAGAUGGAGCAGUUCGUGAAGAAGUACAAGAGCGAGGCCCUGGGAGUGGGCGAUGUGAAGCUUCCCUCCGAGCUGAACGCUCAGGGCGACAAGGGGCACAGCCCUGCUGGGGACAGAAACAUCCCGGCAACAGUGGGUCCUACGGACAAUUCCGCUGAGCCCAAGAAGACCCAGUAUUCCUGUUACUGCUGCAAACAGACCAUGAAGGAAGGGGACCCAGCCAUCUACGCCGAAAGGGCCAGCUGUGAUAAAUUCUGGCACCCGGCUUGUUUCAUCUGCAGCGUCUGUGGCGAGCUCCUGGUUGACUUGAUUUACUUCUGGAAGAAUGGGAAGCUGUACUGUGGCAGACAUUACUGCGACAGCGAGAAGCCCCGCUGUGCUGGCUGUGACGAGCUGAUAUUCAGUAAUGAGUAUACCCAAGCAGAGAACCAGAAUUGGCACCUGAAACACUUCUGCUGCUUUGACUGUGACAACAUCCUGGCAGGAGAGAUAUACGUGAUGGUCAGUGACAAGCCUGUGUGCAAGCCCUGCUACGUGAAGAACCAUGCUGUGGUGUGUCAAGGAUGCCACAACGCCAUCGACCCGGAAGUACAGAGAGUGACGUACAACGGCUUCAGCUGGCAUGCAUCCACAGAGUGCUUCCUGUGCUCCUGCUGCAGCAAGUGUCUUAUUGGGCAGAAGUUCAUCCCUAUAGAAGGGAUGGUGUUCUGUUCCGUGGAGUGUAAGAGGAUGGUGUCCUGAGAGGAGCGCGCGGAGCAGGAUUGACCACAGCUGUCCAAAGUGGCCUGCGUUUCAUGAUAACAGGCAAUUCGAAAAAAUAAUAAAAGGGGAAAAAAAAACUAUAUAACAAACCAGAAGAUUUUGUCCAAUAUUUUUUUUUCAACCUUACAAAUUCUGUAUUAAUUUUAAAUGACUGCUUUAAGCACAUUUUUUUUCAAAAAGUAAAGAAUCGUAGCUUUAAUGUCCACAUAUUAAAUCUUUGAAUUGGAAGCUUGAAUUUAGUUAUUCUUUAAAACUGUAUACCCUAGUGCCAAAUACUGUGAUAUAUGUAUUCAUUGGCCUGGGAGACAUGAACAUGUCGAGUUCUAUGCUUUGAUUCACAUGGAAAAUGUAAAGGAAAUUAGCUGUUGCCUGAUAUGACACUGUGCACUCAGCUUGUCUCACUGCCCCGUAUGAUGGCAUGAUGGCGUUCAGUGAGUUCC